GCUCGAGCUCCGCGGGCGGGAAGCACCAAGGACCGGGGAAGCCCCGGCAGGCGCACGGCAGCGCCUUGCCUCACCUAAGGGGGCCGCGGCGAGGGUCCCCGGAGACCGGGGCGCCACCGGGCGCGACGACCCGGGCCAGGCUCCUGGGAGAGAAGGCGCAGGCCCCUCCUCCGCCGCCGCCGGGCCGCCUCCCACCUCCACCGGGGCCGCCGUGGGAAGAGGCACCUGUGCGUCCCGGUGCGCGCGCGCCUGUGCGCCCGGUGUUCCUGCGGGGCGAGCCGGGGCAGCGCCCCUGGACGGGCGCAGGUGGGGUUCCUCCGGAGCGCGACGUCCGCUGCUGUCGCCGCCGGCGUCCCCGGCUGCCACCGGGUCUCCAGGACCGUGCCGCCGGCGCUGGGGGAGGAGCGGCUGCGGACCGGGCACCAUGAACAGCGGCGGCGCCAACAUCACCUACGCCAGCCGCAAGCGGCGGAAGCCGGUACAGAAAACAGUAAAACUGAUUCCGGCUGAAGGAAUCAAGUCAAAUCCUUCCAAGAGACACAGAGACCGGCUGAACACGGAGCUGGACCGCUUGGCUAGCCUGCUGCCUUUCCCACAGGAUGUUAUCAACAAGCUGGACAAACUGUCUGUGCUGAGGCUCAGCGUCAGCUACCUGAGGGCCAAGAGCUUCUUUGAUGUUGCAUUAAAGUCCUCCCCUGUGGACAGAAAUGGAGGCCAGGAUAACUGCAGACCAAAACUUGGAGAAGGCCUGAACUUGCAAGAAGGAGAAUUCUUACUUCAGGCACUGAAUGGUUUCGUGCUGGUUGUCACCGUAGAUGCUUUGGUCUUUUAUGCUUCUUCUACUAUACAAGAUUACCUGGGGUUUCAGCAGUCUGAUGUCAUACAUCAGAGUGUGUAUGAACUUAUCCAUACCGAGGACCGGGCUGAAUUCCAGCGUCAGCUACACUGGGCGUUAAACCCUUCAUCUGGCACAGACCCUGGACAGGGCGCUGAUGAAACUCAUGCUCUCGCUCAGCCAGUCUAUUACAGCCCAGACCAGCUUCCCCCAGAAAACUCGUCCUUCAUGGAGAGGUGCUUCAUAUGCCGGCUGAGGUGUCUGCUGGAUAACUCCUCAGGGUUCCUGGCGAUGAACUUCCAGGGGAGGCUAAAAUAUCUUCACGGACAGAACAAAAAAGGAAAGGAUGGCUCAGUGCUUCCACCCCAGCUGGCUUUGUUUGCCAUAGCUACUCCCCUUCAGCCACCAUCCAUCCUUGAAAUCCGAACCAAAAAUUUCAUCUUUAGAACCAAACACAAGCUAGACUUCACACCUACUGGCUGUGAUGCUAAAGGCCAGAUUGUCCUGGGCUACACGGAGGCCGAGCUGUGCAUGAGAGGGUCUGGGUAUCAGUUUAUCCACGCUGCUGACAUGCUGUACUGUGCCGAGUCCCAUGUCCGGAUGAUUAAGACAGGAGAAAGUGGCCUAGCAGUUUUCAGGCUUCUUACGAAAGAUAAUCGAUGGACCUGGGUCCAGUCUAAUGCACGCUUUAUCUAUAAGAAUGGAAGACCAGAUUUUAUCAUCGCAACUCAGAGACCCCUAACAGACGAAGAAGGCAGAGAGCAUUUACGAAAACGAAAUUUGAAGUUGCCUUUCAUGUUCGCCACUGGCGAAGCUGUGCUGUAUGAGGUGACCAGCCCUUUUCCUCCCAUCAUGGAUCCCCUGCCAAUAAGGACUCAAAGUGGCGCAGGUGGGAAGGACCCAGCUACCAAGCUGACUCCGAGCAAGGAUUCUCUCCACCCCAGCUCCCUCCUGUGUGCCCUGAUGCAGCAGGAUGAGUCUGUUUACCUCUACCCUCCUUCGAGUUCAGCGCCUUUUGAGAGGAGCUUUUUUACGGACCCUCUGAGCGAAUGCAGAAACUGGCAGGGCAGCAUUACAUCUGUGGGCAGUGGCAGUGUCCUGAAACACGAGCAGGUUGGUCAGUCUCAGGAAGCAAACCACGCAUUCUCGGGAGGUCCCCCGGGGCUCUUGCCAGAUAAUAAAAACAGUGAGUUGUACAACAUUAUGAGGAGCCUUGGUGUAGACUUUGAAGAUUUCAAGCACAUGCAGAACGAGGAGUUUUUCGGCACUGACCUUCCUGCAGAGGUGGACUUCGGAGACAUUGACAUAACCGAUGAGAUCCUGACGUUCGUCCAGGAGUCUCUCAACAAGUCCCCCUUGGUGAGCCCAGGUUACCAGCCUCCGCCCGCCGCAGCCCUCAACUCAAGCUGCAUGGUGCAGGGACACCCACAGCUCGGACAGCCCCCACAGCCACCGUGUCCCCCGGAGCAGGUGGUAGUGGAGCCACAGCAACAGCUGUGCCAGAAAUUGGAACACAUGCAAGUCAACAGCAUGUUCGCCAACUGGGGUGCUAACCAGCCGCUGCCUUUCACCUGUGCCCAGCGAGACCUGCAGUCCUACGACAUCUUCACAGACGUGCGCACAGCAGACCAGACGUUUCCCUACACGUCGGAGGUGCAUGCUGUGCCUUACACACAGAACUUUGUUCCUUGUGAUCAGGCGGCCCCGCCACAGCACAAGCAUGCUCAGUUGGACUUGCCUAUGGGGAGUUUUGACUCAUCCUCCUACCCAAGUACCUCGAACCUAGAAGAUUUUGUCACUUGUUUACAAGCUCCUGAUGGACACCUGGGUGCAGUGAAUCCACAGUCAGCCAUGGUAACUCCUCAGGCGUGUUAUGCUGGGGCUGUGUCGAUGUACCAGUGCCAGCCAGGACCUGCACACACCCUGGUGGGACAGAUGCAGUGCGACCCACCGGUCCCAGGCCCUCCGGCAUUUUUGAACAACUUUCAGAAUGGAGGAGUGCUAAAUGAGACAUACCCUGCCGAAUUGCAUGACGUAAAUAGCACCGUGUCCAACACACACCUCCCGCCGCUGCACCACCCGGCCGAAGCCAGACCUUUCCCCGAUUUGACAUCCAGUGGUCUACUGUGAUUCCAAGUCCAGUGUGUGCCUCGGUUUUGUGGACAGAAGUAGCUUGUGAGGGACUAGAGAGUCAUGAGAUGGUCAGCGCUGGACAGGAGCAGGUCCACCUGGAGGGCACUGAUGCGUGCCUGGCGUCUGCCCUGAGUCCACACCAAGUUUUCCUUUCUGUUUUCUGAAAAAGGAGUUUAAGAAACACCACCGACAUUUCAGGUGUUAGAGUGAGCAAAAUGGAACACGUGCAACUCUGGAGUCGCAGGAUACCGUCUGUCACGUGGCUCUCAGUGCCACAAGGACUUGAAGCUGUUCAAUUUGGAAACUUCCUUUGAAUUAUUCAUGUCGGGAUCAAAAUGAACAACUUUGAGUUUUGGACCUCCGGUCUGUUAGUGCACCAAAUACAAAGUUACAAAAUAUACCCAUUGCUCUGUCAUUUUAGCCUCUGCUUUUGUGUCAGAUGUUAAAGUAAGUGGUUUGGUGCUUUCCCCCUUCACUGUUAAUCUAAGUGCCUCACAUUUUUUUUUUCUACCUGUAACACCAUCGGAUGUAUAUUUUAUAUAAAAUAAUACUUUUCUUGUUUAAUUGCAUUCUUUCGGCACUCAAAUAUAUUUGUAUUUUCUAAAUUCAGUUGGUUUUUUUAAUUGAUUCAGGCAUAUUUAACUGCACUACUUAACCUCUUUUUUUCAGGUAAGAGGCAAAUAUGAUUGAAAAGAUGAUUAUUUAUUAUGUUAUCUAGUUGCUUCUAGACCAUAAAUGUUGCUAUGUGCCUUACAGUUGAAACAAAUUGAAGGUCCAAGUUACUUCUUAACUGUAUAAAGUUUCACAGAGCAGCACUUAGUGUCACGGUGAUUCCAGAAGGAGGAGAUGGCCCUGUGACCCUGCACGCAGUCUCCGUGAUGGGGGCUGCAUGUUGCGGUAGAGAAAGCUGGCUGCACAAGGCGACCAGACUUGUUGGAAAAAUGCAGUGAAAAGCAGCAUUGUUUAGCAUGGCACUCAUUUCAGUGUAUAUGAACUGUCUUGGAAUACUGUUUUAAAUCCAUAAUCUUUUAUGAUAUAUUAUGUUGACUUUAUAAAAUUUCACUUCUUGAACAGUGGAAACUAUUUAUUUUCUCAUAUUUGAGGAAUAUUAAGAUUGAUGCUAACGAUUUUGGUGCAAAGCAUUGUAAUGAGUGAAGUGGAUGGUGCAUUGUAUAGGUAAGAUGAACAAAAUUAUAUGUAAAUCAUUCAUCGGAAAAUAGAGCCAUGUCUUAUAUAGGCACAUACAUGGUUCAUCUUGGCUCUGCUUAGUUUAUCAGUGUGUCUUUUCCAAGAAAUUAAUGACUGCUUUUUUUAAGUUAAGAGAAAGAGAAGCACACAGUUUACCUUCAAACAUAAUGUGGUUUUACGCUGUCAAAACCCUUAUUAAGAAUAAAGCAAAUUAUUACUUACUCUAGCAACUUUUCUGAUCUCAGAUGAUUAAAAAGCAAAAAAAAAAAAAUUAUACCUUCUGUUGUUCUGUUGUUUAAACAAGACAUCCAGAAGACCUGGAUGUAUUUGUUUGUACUGUUCAAAAGCUGAUGGAAUCCCAAAUUGAGAGGUAGUGUUAUAACGUUUUCAUUUCUUAGUAAACUGAUGUACAUAAAAGUGACUGCAGACAAAAAUCUGAGCUCUGAAUAGAAUGAAACACAUGGGCAGCGUAGGAAAGAACUUGUCUAAAAACAUUUCAUAAUUCGUAGCAUGAAGUGUCCCCAGGGAUUUAGACCUGAGUUCUAGGUUUCUAGUCUCGUUCUGCGUUUAAACUUUUUGUUGAAAGCCUUUAUUUAGCCAUCUGUGUUGGUCUCUUCCACAUGGUAGCAUUGUUGAGUGGAGAUCAUAAGGCUUUUAAAAUUGUGAAUAGUAUGACGAUUAUAUGACUUAUAAGGUUAAAAUUCCUAAGCAAUAUAUUUUUACCUACAUAAGAUAGCUAAAGUUAUCAGAGAAUAAUAAAAUCAUACUAAACCAAAUAUACCUUUGUCUAUAUUGCCAAGUGCCAAGCAAAGAAAGCUUUGUAGACUGCUGUGCCGAGGGCUUGACCUUCAGAUGAAGGGCAUGCAGCGAGAUGUGUCUGCUUUGAGCUCUCAGCCAGGUGGCUUUUGGAGUGCUGGAGACUUGGCAGUGUCCUAGUGUGUUACGGAGCCUCGCUCAUGACUAUGCUAUGCACAGACUUGUGUUUUCAGUAUUAUUAAGUUUUAGGUAAACAUUUCCAUGUUUUUUUCUCUUUUUUCUUCACAAUGUUACUGCUUACAUAUGCCAUGCAUAGAUUCUUGUUUAAAAUACAAUUUACAGUCUUUAUUA